CUAUUAGUGAGCAAUUAAAAAGAGAAAUUUGUAUAUAUUAUCAAGAAAAUUUUCAAGAAAUUGCAAAUUAUUUUAGUGAAAAAAUUUCAUUGAAUAUUGAUAGGUCAUCAGUAACAAAAAUUUUACAUGAUAAAGAAAAAUGGCUAGAUGUUUCAUCUACAUCCCAUCAUAAUACUUUUCACCAUAGAAAAGUGAGGUUUCCUGAACUAGAAAAAGCAAUGAACAUAUGGAUUGGACAAGAAUUGAAAAAACUGAAUUGA